GAGCAUGCUGCUGCUGCUGGUUCUACUUCACAAUGUGUUUAGCAGAGAUAUACCAAAACAGUCAAGCUACGUGACGAAACUGGAGAAGCCAUGUCCUAACGUGGGGUAUUACUUCGAGCGCGCCCAAGUUAACGCGCUGCCUGGCUCCUGUUAUCUUUGCUUUUGCAAGGAGAAUAACACUGCCGUCUGUUGGCCGAGGGACAACAAGAGAUGCGAUGAGAAGUACUAUCGACAUUUUAGGAGAAGGGACACAAGACGACGUCGAAGUCUACCAGGUGAUAACAUUACGCUGGAAAAUAAUAUACAGAUUGCGAAAAAAGCAAAGGGGAAGGCCUGCAAGCCCAAUGAAGCUAGUUUUAGUGAAGGAUGUCCUCCUGAUGACUGGUGUAAAGGGUGUACAGUUUGUGAUUGCAACAAGGAUGGACGAUGGGACUGUCACAUUCUCAGUUUUUGUCCUGAAAAUAGCAAAUUUAAUAAUUCCAAGAAAGGUAAUAGUAGAAGAGUAUACAAAAUGAAAGGAGUUACUAAAGCAAAUCCGACGCAAGCUGUGAAAUUUGAUAAAACUAAAAGGUUCAACCCAAACCUUAAUAUUAAGGAGAGGAUUAUUAGAAGAGAAGCUACGAGAAGAAUAAAACAAAGCAAGAGACGCAAAAAUGUUUAUCACCCAGCGGCUACUCCUAGAGGUCAAACUUAUAAAACUACAACUAGAAGUAGGCAUAGGGGAAGAAACCCAGCGGCGGUGAGGAGAAUGGCUAAGAACAUGAAAGCUAAAUUAUUUAAGGAUUUAAUAAAAUAUAAAAGUACAGAACGUAAACCUGCGCAAAGGCGCGAUAGCAAACAAAAUAAUAAGUUACUGCCAAGAACGACAAAGAAACCACAGCUAAAGAAAACACCGCCACCCAAACAGAUAACACAACAUAUAGAAGUAAAACUGAAAAACAAUCAAUCGGGUAAACAUUCCAACAGUAAAGUUACAGUAAAAAAUGAUAAAAUUAUUGCUUUGACAAAGACCCUAAUAGAACAGACCACACCUAUAACUAAACAGACAGCUAUCUUAAAGACUACGAAAUCCACUGAGUCUAGCAAAUAUACGAAAGUAACCAAAGUAAACGUUCUUACAACUACCAAACCAACUACGAAAACUGGUUCUACCAUAUCAAAACAAACUCAUACAACAAUAGCUCCCGCGAUAAAAGUAGCCCAACAGCAACAAACCGGAACCACAAUCGCUAAGGUUAUCCCCAAAAUACAUUAAAAUACUUUAAACAAACAACUGCUGAAAAACUACCCCCAUCAACUGAAGUUUCAAUUGCAUACUACAGAUAUACAAUAGAUAAUUUGAAUAAAACAACUGGAGUAGAUCGCAUUGACUUCACGCGAAUCAUUCCUCUAAAUUCGAAAAAAAGCAUAAAAAGGAAAUCACUUGACAUGGGAAAAGAAUUGUCAAAUUUGAAUAAAGCAACAAAUACAUUUGAUACAUCUAUUACACUCCUGGACGUUAAAAACUUUACAAUCAGUAACUGGUCUAGUAUAAGUUUUCAGAAUAAUGAAACUUUACCUAAGAAUUUACUUAUUAACACAACUAAGAACAUUUCGGGGUCAUUGAAUGCUGAAAACUUCAGUUCAAAGACCGAGCAAACAUUAUUAGUCCAGAAAAUAAACACAAUAAGCAAAGAACGGACAAUAAUCAGCGUUCCAAAGAAACAUAAAUUUGAAAAGACAGUUUCUAUUCUAGCCAAUAAAUCGUUGAGAAUAAAGGAUUUUAACCAGACAGAUAUGACCAAUCGUAG